AUGCAUCAGAAAUACGACUUUGUGAUCGAAAACCGCAGCGGAAAAUCGCAUGGCAACGCAGAUACAUAUUCAAGAAGACCUUGUCCUGAAAUUUACAAGGAUCGUACUAGGCAAGAGGGUAAUAAGGUGGUAUCUGUGAGGAUACUCAGGACAGUAUACCUUAGCAAGGAGUGGAAGGACAGCAUAAAACAUACACAACAAGAAGAUUUGGACAUCAAGCCGAUUCUGGAAUGGAUGAAGGCCAGUGCUCCCAAGCCCAAGUGGAGCGACGUCUCAGUGAUAAGUUCGGCCACGAAAAGCUAUUGGGCCCAAUGGAACAGAUUGCUGAUUGAGGAUGGAGUUCUGUGCCGUAAAUGGGAAAAUGGUCGGGGAGACAGCUGUCAUUUGCAAAUGGUUGUCCCGAAAGCUAAAGUGCCGGAUGUUCUACAGCUGUACCAUAAUGGUUGUUCAGGAGCCCGUCUGGGAGUUAAAUGA